AUGUCGUCCUAUCUCCCGUCUUUUUCGGCGCCGCCUUCGCGUCCUGGCUCCUUGGCUCAUUCGAGGGCAAAUUCUAGAGCGAAUUCUAUAAACAAUGGCGUCCAGAGUAGGCCUGGUAGCAGACCUGUUACCCCUAGGGCUUUCUCGACGGCGGCCGUUACCCCAGCGGAAACGUCGAGGGCAAACAGCAAAACGGACACGCAUUCCGAACCCCCGGAGACGAUCAACUCGGAGGUGAUCCGCAACGAAAAGGGCGAGCCGCUGAUCGGCAGGAUCGUGGGUGGGAAAUACGUCGACGCCGAAGUCGAGGACAUCGACCCGGAGUGCGGGCCCAUCAAGACCGUCGACGUCGACAUGCCGCUCACCCUGACCGAGACAGUCGACCACAACGGCAAGCAAUACAUCGUCCUGACCUUCGCCACAGGCGAUCCGGAAAACCCCUUCAACUGGAACCCAUGGUACAAGCGCAGCAUCACCACGAUGCUCAACCUGAUGACGCUCUUCAUCGGCCUGGCCACCACGGCAUACAGCUCCGGCAUCAACAGCAUGUGCGCUGAAUUCGGCGUAGCGCCCAUCAUGGGCCAGCUCGGCCUGUUCACAUUCAACAUCGCGUGCGCCAUUGCGCCCAUGAUCCUCGCGCCCUUCUGCGAGCUGGUCGGCCGCAAAAUCGUCUACGCCAGCGCCUUCCUCUGCUUCUCACUCAUCUUCAUCGGGCUCGCGCUCGCACAGGACAUCAGCACCAUCAUCGGUCUCCGCCUGCUCCUCGGCCUCUUCGGCUGCGUCGGCACCAUCCUCGUCGGCGGCACCUUCGACGACAUGUACGAGCCGCACCACCGCGGCCGCCCCAUGGCAAUGUUCAGCUUCGUCGCCAUCUUCGGCACAGUCGCCGCCCCCAUCUACGCCGGCUUCAUCGACCAAGCCCUCGGCUGGCGCUGGAUCCAGGGCAUCCAAGGCAUCGCAAACGUUCCCCUUCUAAUUGCUAUCUUCGCCUUCUUCCCCGAAACGCGCGGCGGCGCUCGUCUGCAUAAACGCGCCAAGGCCCUCCGCAAAGCAACCGCAGACGACCGCUACGUCGCGGAAGACGACAUCUACACCCCGGAUAUCAAAUCCAUGCUCCGCGCCUCCUCGGUAAAAGCAAUCCACAUGCUCGUCACCGAACCCGUCGUCUUCGCCUUCGGGCUAUGGAUAGCCUUCUGCUGGGCGGUAGUCUUCCUCUUCCUGAGCGUCAUCCCCAUAACCUUCUCCGAGAAACGCGGCUGGAAUGAAGGCGUAUCCGGCCUACCUUACAUCUCCCUCGGCGUAGGCACCUUCCUAGGCUGGGCAGCCCACCACCUCCAAAUGCGCAAAUACAACGCCCUCCAAUCCGACCCAAAUAUCUCCAUCGUCCCAGAACACCGCCUCUACGGCGCAAUGUUCGGCGCGAUCUGGCUCCCCGUGGGGCUGUUCAUAUACUCCUUCACGCAGUACGCGCAGCUCUCCUGGGUGGGUCCUGUUAUCGGUCUCGCGCCCAUUGCGUUUGGCAUCUUCUUCGUGUUUGAGAGUACGUAUAGUUAUACGGCGGAUUGCUAUGGGGAGACGUCGUCGUCGGCGAUUGCGGGGCAGGGGUUGAUGCGGAAUACGCUGGGGGCUGUGACGCCGCUGUUUGCGAGCGCGUUUUUUCAUAAUGUGGGGAGUCAGUGGGCGGGGCUUAUCUUGGCGGUUUUUGGGACCGUGUUGAGUGUUAUUCCGUUUGUGAUGUUUAGGUAUGGACAUCUUUUGAGGGCGAGGAGUAAGUUGGCGAAGGUUUAUUAG